UGCGCGGUUUUUCGUAGUGACUGGUAGUGAACUCUAUCGAUAAAUUUCAAAAGCUAAAAUAUCAACGUUUACACAUUUUGACAUUUGUCAAAAAUAUGUUGACAAAAUAAUAAUUAUUUUUUUAACAUUAUUAUAAUAAAAAUUGAUAAAAAUGGGUGGAACACCAAGUCGUUAUGAUGAUUUAUCAAAAAAUAUAUAUUUAAUUAAAUUAUGUGGCAAGGAAAUAAUACCACCAAAUGAUCAAUUUUGGAAUAAAUUUUUAUCAUUUAAUAUUAAACCACCUGUUACAAGAAAUGAUCAAAUUGAACUUGAUUCACGUCUUGAUACAAUGUGUCAAGAAUUAUUAAAAAAUAAUUUACAUACUGGUAAUUUUGGUUCAUUAAUACAAGUUGCAUUAUUAAGUGCUAAUGAAUUACUAGCAUCUGGACCAAAUGAAAAUGUCAUGAUAACAUGGAAAACAUAUAAUGCAUUAUUUUCAAUUCGUUGUAUAUUUAAAUAUUUAGUUGAAACACUAAGUGAGGAUAAUGUUAUUAAACAUACUGAAAUUGAUUCAAAUAAAAAUAAUGAUAAAACUCAUAGUAUGAGACUUGAAUCAUUUUUUGAAAUACUUAUUGAAAUUAUUAUUGAUUUGCCACUUUCUGGUCUAACAUAUGCUGUACAUCUUGAAGCAAUAAAUUGUCUUCUUGUUCUUUUAUCAGUACAAUUAUUUUCUCAAACAUCAGCUGAAUAUAGUGUUGUUUAUAAAAUGAUAAUGCAUCAUGAAACAAGUUUACAUGCUCCAGUUGUUGUUUGUACAUUAUUACAUAAUUUUUCACAACAAGAACAUGCACCACCAGAUCUUUUAGUACGUGAUGAAGGUGGUAGUUUUGUAUUUAGUAUUGCAGCUGGAUUAUGGAAUGUUAUAAGAAUGGGUAUGGGUAAUAGUUUUAAAAAUGUACAAGUUACAAAUAAUGGCACAACUGAAGAAGAAGAAAAAAAAAGAGAUAUUGAAACACCACUUGCUAGUCAAUCAUUAUUAUUAUUACUUGUAUUAACAAAUCAUUGUACAACAACUCAUAAUCCAUACAGAGAUGCAUUAUUUUUUUUUACAAAUGCCAAUGAUAAUCAAUCAAUGAUAACAACAAAAUCAAUAAUACCAUUUAGAUUUAAUUUGGAUAAACUUUAUAAUACUAUAUGUCGUGUUGAAAAUACUGAUGAAAUAACAUUGUUAUUGUACAUGUUGUUGCAUCGUAAUCAAAGAGUCAAAGAGGACAUUAUCAAACGUAGUGAUAUACAAUUACUAGUUACGCCAAUUUUGCAAAUUUUAUAUCAUGCACCUGACAAUACAUCACAUCAUAUCUACAUGUCACUUAUUAUUUUGUUGAUACUGAGUGAGGAUGAAUCAUUUAACAAAAGAAUUCAUGAAAUUAUGUUGAAAAAUAUUACGUGGUAUACUGAAAGAUGUAUCAGUGAAAUUUCACUUGGUGGCCUUUUGAUUCUAGUUGUUAUAAGGACAAUACAAUAUAACAUGCUUAAAAUGAGGGACAAAUAUCUACAUACAAAUUGUCUUGCAGCGUUGGCAAAUAUGUCUGCACAUUUUACAUCCUUACAUCCUUAUGUAAGUCAACGUUUAUUGAGUUUAUUUGAAACCCUAGCAAAGAAACAUUCACGUCUUGAAUUAAAAAUUCAUGGACAAGGAACAUCAAGUAGUCCAGAAUCAACAAAUAUUGAUAUUAAUAUUGAUGCUGGUGAUUCUGAUUUAAUACAAGAUUUAACAAUACUUGAAGAAGUAUUAAGAAUGAUACUUGAAAUAAUAAAUAGUUGUUUAACUUAUCGUAUUGGACAAAAUCCAAAUUUAAUUUAUACAUUAUUAUAUAAAAAAGAUAUAUUUCAAUUAUUUAGAACACAUUCAGCAUUUCAAGAUAUAAUACAAAAUAUAUAUUCAGUUAUUAAUUUUUUUUCACAUAAAUUAGAACAAACAGAACAAUCACAAAUUGAUGUUAAUGAAGUAUUAACAAUUAUUAAACAAGGCACAUUACAAUGGCCAAAAGAUAGAUUACGUAAAUUUCCAGAACUUAAAUUUCGUUAUGUUGAAGAAGAACAACCAGAAGAAUUUUUUAUACCAUAUGUAUGGAGUGUUGUUUGUCAAGGUGCAUUAUUAUACUGGAGUGCUGAAAAUAUCAAAUUAUUUCCAUUAAAUAAUAGUGAACAAGCAACAGUUGUUGUUUGCUGAUAAAUUAUUUUUAUAGUUUUUAUUAAAAAAAAAAAAACAAAAAAAAUAAUUAUAAUUAAAAGAAAAUUUUUCUACUGUUUAUCAAUUUUUUUUUUUCUUUUUAAAUUAAAACAAAAAGAUAAACAAUAUUAUCAUGUAAAUAAUAAUUUAUUUUAUUUAAGUUAAAUUUUUUUUUUUUAAAAAAAAGAAAAUUUUAAUUAUGUAGAAUUAAUUGUGAUUUAUAAUUGGUUAAAAAUAAAUUUAUUUAAUUUAUCAAUUUAUCAAAUAA